UGUUGACUCUCCGCAGGAGGAAGAUCACAUCUCCAGCCUUCAGACUGAGCUCCAGGCGCCUGCUGCUGCUGAAGUCAAACACCGCCUAAAACACACACACACACACACACACACGCCGCGCAGAACAAGGACAAACAAGCCAGAAAUACACACACAUACACAACAACGGGAGAAAGAAAACAGAUCCUGUGUAAGAUUGAGCUGCAGCUGUCAAGAUGGCCAUGAAAGACCUUUUGAAAGAUGACAAUAUCAAGAAAGCCAUUGAUCAAUUUAAAGCUGAGGACAGCUUUGACCAUAAGACGUUCUUUGAUGUGAUUGGGCUGAAGGCUCUGUCUGCUGAGAACGUGAAGAUGGUCUUUAAAGCUCUCGACGUGGACGCCAGCGGUUUCAUUGAGGAGGAGGAGCUAAAGUUUGUGCUAAAGGGUUUUUCUGCAGAUGGCAGAGAUCUUACCGAUAAGGAGACCAAAGCAUUCCUCGCUGCCGCCGACAAGGAUGGAGAUGGAAAAAUUGGCAUAGAUGAAUUUGAGGCUUUGGUGCACGAGUAAAAGGUCAAUAUUUGGCAACCCAUCACACCACAACUCUCCUGUGAAAAGCUACAGCCAGUCAGUAGUGUACGUCUCUACACAUCAUGCCAUGAGCCAGGAGCUGAAUCUGCUUCCCUUAAUUACAUUUAUUUAUUAAACUUUUCUUUUUUAUAUAUAUAUAUAUAUACAAACUGAACAUGUAAACCGUUUUAGUUCUCUCAUAAAAGACAUUAGAUUCCUGCACUACCUUUCACCUCUUCUUUUUUGUUCAUUUUGGCAUGUUUCUCUUUCUGUUUCUUCCUUCUUCUUCUCCUUAUCUCGAUGUUUCGCUCCUCUCUUGUGAUAGAGCCACUGAACACAGUGAAUUCCAGAAGAGAAGGAUGAGACGAAAUGAGAGAAAAAAUAUUUAAGAGAGAAAUUAAAUAAAGCCAUGCGUUGAGAAAAAAUA